AUGUUGGGACCGGCACGCAGAAUAGCUCUUUCAAGCUGCAGGGCUGCAUCGCCCCGCACAGUUGUCUUUUCCGAACAGACGGCUCGAUGCAUCAAGCCUGCACAUGUAGCUAAGCGCCAUUUUCAUAAGACCCCGGCAAAUGCCUUCUACAAGGCGUUGUGGCAGUCAAUGCGGGUCAAGGUGCCUUGGGUAGAUGCCCUGGCUCAGAGUCGACAACAAGCUGGGCAAGCUACGGUACAGGAUGGAGAGCCUGUAAAGCCAAAUCUUACGCCAAGGAGGAUGUCUGAUAGCUAUUUUGCUGCUACACUUCCUCUUGCUGAAGAUAAGUGGCUGUUGGAUCAAUAUCUGAAUGCAUCUGGACGUAUUCGCCUUGGUACGCUGUUCAUGGACUUGGACGCUCUAGCUGGUGUGGUAGCCUACAACCAUACAGGCGAUACAGUAGCAACUGUCACCGCUGCCGUGGAUCGAAUCACACUACUCAACCCAUUGAAGGAGAUUUGCAAUCUUCAACUUAGUGGCCAAGUCACCUAUGCAACAGGCAGAUCCAGCAUGGAAAUUUCUUUACAGGUCGCCAAGGCACCUGCUGAAGGCGAGAAAGUGAAGGAUGAGGACGUGCUGAUUACGUGCGCUUUCACUAUGGUGUCAUUGGACCCAAAAACAAAAAAACCCGUUGCUGUGGCACCGCUUUUGAUUGAAACUGAGGAGGAACGACGCCUCUUCCAGAAGGGUGAAGAGAACUACAACGCGAAGAAGGCUUUGAGGAAGAGGAGCUUUCUUGAACAAGCGCCUGAUCAAGAAGAAAGUAACAUGAUUCACUCCAUGUGGACUACUGGACAGCCAUACAAAGUCCCCGGAACCGCUAUUCAACGCUCACCACGCAUUCAAAACAUGGACCGAACGGUCCUCCGAUCUGCAAUGAUCAUGCAACCCGAAGACCGCAACAGGCACAACUUCAUGAUAUUCGGUGGUUUCCUUCUCCAACAAACAUUCGAACUCGCCUUCUGCUGCGCCGCCUCCUUUUCUCACACCCGCCCAACAUUCGUCUCUCUCGACCCCAGCACAUUCGAAAACCCAGUUCCCGUCGGAAGUGUCCUCUACCUCAAAGCAACAGUGGCAUACACCGAGCCACUCGUGCGCACAGUCGACGGGGAGUCUAGCAAACGAACCCCAUACACCAAAGUGCACAUUCGCGUAGACUCCAAGGUGCGUGAUGUCGAGCAUGCAACCAAGAAUCCUACCGGUGUCUUCCAUUAUACCUUCUUGGUCCCCAAUGAAGUCCAAGUUAUGCCUACCAAGUACGCAGAGUACAUGAUGUGGCUUGAUGCCCGUCGUCGCGCACAGGAUCUGGAUCCGAUUAUUGCUUCGCGGUUUACGGAGGAUGAGACUUCGGCGCGUAUGGAUGGUGUUACCGAGUAA